AUGGGGAGAUCGAGGAGUGGAAGUGAGAAUGUCCUGCAGGUCUGCCUUCCUGUCCUGGCCAUCCCGAAUCCAUUCCCUCACGACAUUUUAGAGGAGGCGCAAGUGGCAGGGCCCUUUUACAGGGGGUGCCCAGACAGCUCCGCCACCCGCCAGGGCCCUGCCCUCCGGGCGAGAGCCACCGCCGCCCCUCACCCCGGCUCCAGGGCCACCGCCGCCCCUCACCAGGCUCCAGAGCCACCGCCGCCCCUCACCCCGGCUCCAGAGCCACCGCCGCCCCUCACCAGGCUCCAGGGCCACCGCCGCCCCUCACCCCGGCUCCAGAGCCACCACCGCCCCUCACCAGGCUCCAGGGCCACCGCCGCCCCUCACCCCGGCUCCAGAGCCACCGCCGCCCCUCACCAGGCUCCAGGGCCACCGCCGCCCCUCACCCCGGCUCCAGAGCCACCGCCGCCCCUCACCAGGCUCCAGGGCCACCGCCGCCCCUCACCAGGCUCCAGAGCCAUCCCUGCCCCUCACCAGGCUCCAGGGCCACCGCCGCCCCUCACCAGGCUCCAGAGCCACCGCCGCCCCUCACCAGGCUCCAGGGCCAUCCCCUCCCCUCACCAGGCUCCAGGGCCACCGCCGCCCCUCACCAGGCUCCAGGGCCACCGCCACCCCUCACCAGGCUCCAGGGCCACCGCCGCCCCUCACCAGGCUCCAGGGCCACCGCCGCCCCUCACCCCGGCUCCAGGGCCACCGCCGCCCCUCACCCCGGCUCCAGAGCCACCGCCGCCCCUCACCAGGCUCCAGGGCCACCGCCGCCCCUCACCAGGCUCCAGAGCCAUCCCUGCCCCUCACCAGGCUCCAGGGCCACCGCCGCCCCUCACCAGGCUCCAGAGCCACCGCCGCCCCUCACCAGGCUCCAGGGCCAUCCCCUCCCCUCACCAGGCUCCAGGGCCACCGCCGCCCCUCACCAGGCUCCAGGGCCACCGCCACCCCUCACCAGGCUCCAGGGCCACCGCCGCCCCUCACCAGGCUCCAGGGCCACCGCCGCCCCUCACCCCGGCUCCAGGGCCACCGCCGCCCCUCACCAGGCUCCAGGGCCAUCCCCGCCCCUCACCCCGGCUCCAGAGCCACCGCCGCCCCUCACCCCGGCUCCAGAGCCACCGCCGCCCCUCACCCCGGCUCCAGAGCCACCGCCGCCCCUCACCCCGGCUCCAGAGCCACCGCCGCCCCUCACCCCGGCUCCAGAGCCACCGCCGCCCCUCACCAGGCUCCAGGGCCACCGCCGCCCCUCACCAGGCUCCAGGGCCAUCCCCGCCCCUCACCAGGCUCCAGGGCCACCGCCGCCCCUCACCAGGCUCCAGGGCCACCGCCGCCCCUCACCAGGCUCCAGGGCCACCGCCGCCCCUCACCAGGCUCCAGGGCCACCGCCGCCCCUCACCAGGCUCCAGGGCCACCGCCGCCCCUCACCAGGCUCCAGGGCCACCGCCGCCCCUCACCCCGGCUCCAGGGCCACCGCCGCCCCUCACCCCGGCUCCAGAGCCAUCCCCGCCCCUCACCAGGCUCCAGAGCCACUGCCGCCCCUCACCAGGCUCCAGGGCCACCGCCGCCCCUCACCCCAGCUCCAGAGCCACCGCCGCCCCUCACCCCGGCUCCAGAGCCAUCCCCGCCCCUCACCAUGCUCCAGAGCCACUGCCACCCCUCACCAGGCUCCAGGGCCAUCCCCGCCCCUCACCCCAGCUCCAGAGCCACUGCCGCCCCUCACCCCAGCUCCAGAGCCACUGCCGCCCCUCACCAGGCUCCAGAGCCACUGCCGCCCCUCACCCCAGCUCCAGAGCCACUGCCGCCCCUCACCAGGCUCCAGAGCCACCGCCACCCCUCACCCCAGCUUCAGAGCCACCGCCGCCCCUCACCCCAGCUCCAGAGCCACUGCCGCCCCUCACCCGGCUCCAGGGCCACCCCUGCCCCUCACCAGGCUCCAGGGCCACCGCCGACCCUCACCAGGCUCCAGAUCCUGCCUCCCCUCACCUCUGA